AUGGGCGUGUACGUAGCGGCACACUUCCGGAUCGUCAGCGCCAUCCUGGCCUGGUGGCGCGCUACCAUCUACCUCGUCGAGGAAGGCUUCGGCUUCACGUUCAGCUUCAUGAGGGACCUCCCCAUCUUCAAGACUUCUAUGGAAAAGCGGAAGCCCCUGGUCAUCCCGGACUUUGGCCAGCCGGGUGUCCAGCGGGCCAUUUCGGACGUGGUGACUCCGGGCUUAAAGGCGUCGGUAAGAGCCAUAUACCGCAUCAUCACCGGGUCCAAUGUUGGCUAUGCUCCAGGCGUCGGAAACUGGUCUGAGUUUUACAGCUUCCAUCUCAAUCUGUGUACGCAAAUUUGGGGUGGCCAGAACGGUCCGGAUCAAGUGCUGUAA